AUGUCGAACAAACGUGUAAAGUCACUAGCCGCUGAUGACGAUGACUUUUACGAUGAUGACGAUUACGACGACGAGUACGCCGAAGAAGAAGAAGAAUUGUCCGCCGAAGACAAGGAGCAACUCCGUCUAGGCACGAUCAAAGUGCGGGAGGCUCUAGGCGGCACGUAUAACGUGCCCGAGAAGUCCAUCCACGAUGCAUUAUGGGACUACUACUACGACAUUGGCAAGACGGUGACACUACUGAAGAAGAACCACAAGCCAGCAUCCGCCAAAGCAUCUGGAGCAUCAACUCCAAAAAGAGAAGAAGUACUGUGGCAUUCGGGGCAGCAGAGUAAUGAUGUUAUGGCAACUUUGCGCGACCGCCAGGAAUGCUCACCUUUAUACACGCCGAAGGACUUCUUCAGCGACGCGCCAUGGCUCAAUAUUCCGACAUAUCGCCAAGCACGCAUUAUCGAAACCCUGUCAAGUCCGCGGGGGCGGCUGCUCGGCGGUUCCGCUAAGGGUGGAACCAAAGCAGACCCAGCAGGCCAACCUGUACAGUCCGACGAAUACGCGGAGAAACUGAAGCAACUCACAAUCACGAGGUCCGCUCCAGAGCAAAAGCCUAAGGAUACUGAUCCUGAUGGAUCUCGGUCAGAAGAUGCGAUGGACAUCGACAAGCCCGACGUCAAGGAUGAGGACUUCUCUGGCCAACCAAGCAUUCCUCCGGCAGGAGUCGUCCAACGACUACAGAACCCACCAUCCAUUUUCGCCAGCAUUGUUACCGCUAAGCCUGCAAGCUCAAAACACAAGACCACAAAGCUGGACGAUGUGACCAACGGAGUAUCGAAGGUAUCCGUACAAGAACCGCAACGAGUCAAGAGCAACAACAUCGAUGUAGUGGCAGAAUACAAAAAGACCAAGCGGAAAAAGGCUGCAAAUUUUGUGGUCAUAGGGCAUGUUGACGCCGGAAAGAGCACACUUAUGGGGCGACUCUUGUACGACCUCAAAGCCAUCGACCAAAGGACAAUCGAUAAGUACAAGAAGGAAGCUGAGUCAAUCGGCAAGGGCUCGUUCGCGUUUGCGUGGGUCCUUGAUCAGGGUACCGAAGAGCGAGCGAGAGGCGUCACCAUCGACAUUGCGCAAAACACUUUCUCUACGUCGACCACCAACUUCACGAUACUGGAUGCUCCCGGCCAUCGCGACUUCGUGCCCAACAUGAUUGCUGGUGCUAGUCAAGCAGAUUUCGCCGUGCUUGUGAUCGACGCCUCAACAGGAAACUUUGAGUCCGGUCUUCGAGGGCAGACGAAGGAGCAUGCUCUUCUCGUCCGCUCGAUAGGUGUUUCACAGCUCAUUGUAGCUGUCAAUAAAAUGGACUCUGCCAACUGGUCCCAGCCAAGGUUUGCAGACAUACAGACGCAGAUGUCGACCUUUCUCACGGCCGCUGGAUUCAAUUCAAAGAACGUCACAUUUGUUCCGUGCUCCGGUCUUGACGGUGGUAAUAUUCUCAACCCAAUCAAAGAGUCUGCUGCCAGCUGGUAUACUGGACCAACGCUUGUUGCAGCUCUGGAGUCCAAUGAGACAGUUCAUGCUUUUGCAGUAGAGAAGCCUCUACGCAUGUCUGUGGGCGACGUGUUCCGAGGCGGUAUCACCAACCCACUCUCGAUAUCUGGUCGCAUUGAAGCUGGCAAUUUGCAAAUCGGCGAUAAUAUACUCAUACAGCCUAGUGGUGAGACAGCCACCAUCAAAGGCAUCGACCUGGACGACAGCAACGAUGAGAACACGGACCCCUCCACUUAUGGACUCGAUCUCACAUCGGCUGCUCCACAAUACGCCGUCGCUGGCAACAAUGUCACACUUCAUCUGGUGCCCACAGGGAGCAAUAGCUCCAAGACCACGACUGACGAGUCAGAUAUUCGCGCUGGUGACAUCGUUUGCAGCCCUACCAACAGUCCGAUACAAAAUGUCACGAAAUUUACCACGAAGCUCGUCGCGUUCGAACAUUUGACGCCCAUGCUGGUUGAUGUGCAUCGUGGAAGACUGCAUAAAUCUGGGAGGAUAGUGAAGAUGAUCGAGACGCUGGACAAGAGUACUGGACAGACGCUGAAGAAGAAGCCAAGGGUGGUUCAGCCACAGAGCUGGGUACGAGUAGAGGUGGAAUUUGUGAGUGGGGAUGGCGGUAGCAAUGCUGGUGCUGAAGAGGCUGGCAUCGGGAAUAAAGUGCCGUUGGAGGCUGGUAAUAGGGUUGUGCUAAGGGCAGGCGGUAUCACUGUUGCAGCUGGGGUUGUGGAGGGAUAA